GGGAGAAUCGGUACGUCGUAAUAUGACACACAGUAAACAAUUUCGAUGUUAUACACUUGUAUAUAGUAAAAUAACUAAAUUCUAAGCUUUAUAGAUAUAGAAGUGUGUUACUUGCGGUAAAAUGUGCAAGUAAUCUGUUUGUUGUACAGAAUACUGUCGGCAAAGGUCAUACAACUUGAAAUAUUGGAGGAACUGUAUUUCUCUACAUCUAUUUUGUGUUUAAAUUAUUGAUUCCAUUGUUCUUUAAGGAAGGAAGACCUUAAUUGAUCUGUGAUCUCAGAUUUGAUUCUAAAGAGCAUAAUAAUUAUCAAAAGGUUUAAUAAUUGUUUAAAAAAUGGCAAGUGGCGGUAUGAUAUUUCCGAGACAAUGUACUCCUGCUAUAAAUUUUACACCAAAUAACAUGCGAUAUCCUAUACCAGUCCCAAAUAUCAAUCAAUAUUACGGAGAAAUAAGAAGCAAUAUGGGUGCAUAUAUUCCAACUGGCGUUCCAGCAUAUUAUCCAAACAAAUGCGGAACGACCCCAGCGAUUAAUAUCACAAGGGGAAGAAUAAAUACCGAUGCUUCUAUUCCAAAUUUUGUAAAUGGAUAUCCUCAAAAUCUCAAUUAUAAAAGGAAUUUAACAAAUCAGGUAUAUGGUUCAUAUCCCAAAAGUGCGCUAAAACGAAGUUCAACUGGUAACAUACAAUUGCAAAAACGCUUUGUCCCAAAGGUAUACACUACGGAAAUCUAUCCCCCCCAAAUGCUAGUAAGUCGGCAAAAUUCCAUCACCUAUGGUAGAAGAAUGGAUUCUUUCGGAGUGAAUAAUUUUUCACAGUCCAGAAAUAGUACAUGCCAGUUUAAUGGAUCAAGUAGACCGCAAUCCGUAAGAACUCAGGUUAAAUUUAAACCCAGAAGACCGGUAAAGACACCAAAUACUGACAGAUCAUCUCCAUUGGAUAAGGCAUUCAACAGUUUUAGGCAGAGCUCCAUAUUCCCUAGCAUAGAUACAAAAGAGGCCAUGCAUCUAGUCGAAGGAUUUGUUUCUGGCGCUGUCAACGUGUUCCAUACAAUAGUUGAUGAGCUGCGAGGGGAUAUUAUAACAGGAUUAUUUAAACCAGAUGACCCGGAAUAUGAUGCAGCCAGAGCCUACUAUUAUUCGACUGUAGAAGAACAAUCACAGAAAAACUCUGGGUUAACACAAAGAAUCGACUAUAUAGAAGCGAUCGGAACGCAUAACAAGAUUUCCGAACCUGUAUUUGAGGAACCUGAUAGAAUGUUCAUGGAACCGCAUGAACAAGAUUAUUCCAAAAUGAGUGAAAGAGAAUUUGAAGCUUUGCUUUUGAGUGAUUCCUACUUGCAUAUACCCCCUCCAUCGCUGACAAGAUGAAUAAAAUUUAUUCAUGACAAUCGCACAAGUAUUCUUUA